AUGUGCCCUCGUCCAGCAGAGCUCCGCGCCCUCGAAGCCGAUCGCCCGUAUACCGGCGUAGGUCUCGCAGCCCUCGUGGAGGAUACAUCAGGCCCGAGAGUGAUACGUGGAGGGCUCGUCCCAGGUCGCCGCCGCCUCGCCGAGACUACUCCCCCAGGCGUGACUAUUCGCCCAGACGCGACUAUUCUCCGCGUCGCGACUUCUCGCCCCGGCGCAGGGACUUUUCUCCCCGGCGCGAUUAUUCACCGAGGCGGAACUACUCCCCUCGCCGGGAGGAUUACAGAAGGGACACUCGUGCGCGGUCUCCGGUUCGUGAUUAUGCAGACACCGGCUACGACAGGCCUUCACCACGACCAUCGCGGUCGUUCGCCUCUACCUGCGCCCAAAAGGGAGAGGCUGGCGUCGCCGCCGCCGAGGGCUGCUCGUUACGAAGAACCCAGGCCAAGAGCCUACAGCCCUCCACGUCGCACGUACUCGCCGCCGCGCGACCGGAGCUACCGCCCACGUUCGCGGUCGCCUCCCCGCCGUGAAGAGCAAGUCGAGCCUUAUGGUGCUGAUUCUUGGAGGCGCCGUUCGCCCUCACCACCGAGACCUGCAGCGUAUGACGCUGGCGUGAAAUCGGGUCGCGAAUCCGUGGCUUCCUCGCGUCGCUCUUCUCCUCCAGUCCAUCCCAGCAGGCUUGGGCUAUUGCCUGAGGAGCGUCCUCCUGCUGAGCACUUCUCUCCACGCCCACGCUCGCCGUUCCGCCCACGCUCAAUUGAACGCGAACGUUCCCCUCCACCACCCCGUCGUGAUCCACCGGUACCCAUCCGCGAGCGCGAGCCGUUCCCCAAUGGCAGCCCUGCUCCUCUUGCCCCUGCUCCUCCAACUGGUCCGCGUAACGGAGACCCCUCUUUUGCACGCGCUCCUCCCACAGGGCCCGCGUCAACUACGCCACGCAAUUUCGCAUACCCUGCCAUGUCACCACCCUCGGGCCCGGCAUCUAACGUCCCCAUAUCUGCUCAUGCUCGUCCCGGCAACCCCAUCCUCUCGGCACCAUCUCGUCCACGUGGCGGCGGUAGAGGUGGCUUCGGCGGUGGCCCUCCAAGAGAUUUCCAGCCUUACGAGAACACAGGCCCCAGCCCACCUUUGGGGCCUCGUCGCGGUUCUGCCAACUGGGGCCCUCGUGGUGGAGCCUUCGGCGGUCCUCCAUCCGGUCCGCGUGGUGCCGCACCCCCCUUCCGCGGCUCGUUGAACAGCACGUCCACCACGUACCCCCGCACCCAGCGUUUCAACAACCCCACGCCCCCCACCGGUCCUGCUGCCGCUGCCCCGGCCAUCGGCGGCCCUGUGAUCCCGACCGGUCCCGCCAUCCCCACGGGCCCGGCCGGCACGGCGAGCCUCAACACGACCAACAGCGCCGUCGCCGCCCAUCUGUCGGACUUGCCGGCGAUCGUGCCCGGCGGCAUCCGUCAGAAGGACCUUUACGACGGCGGCCGUCUGCAGAAGCUGGAAGACGAGGCGCGCAAGCUGCGCGAGCAGAUUGCGGAAAAGGAGGCGCUGGGACGGAGGGGCAAGAGGGAAUGGGAGCGGCUGGAGAGGGAGGGGGAGACUUUCGUCCUGAGGGCGGAUCUGGCGGACGAGCAUCUCAGGAGCUUGAAUGGAGAGGGAGAGCUGGGCGGCGCUGCGUUCUAG